AUGAUGUAGACAUGUCUUAAAUCAUGAUUGUUUUUUGACUUAAAUUACCUGAAACCCUGUUAUAUGCAUGAUCAACUCAUCAUAUUGCAGAUUGUUGAGCUACAAUGGGAGUGGCAGGUCACAACGAUCCUUUGUUAGGUGAAACAACGUGCGGAUCUUUGCUGCAGAAACUGCAGCUGAUAUGGGAUGAGGUUGGUGAGACCGACGAUGAUCGCGACAAGAUGCUACUUCAGCUUGAGCAGGAGUGCUUAGAUGUUUAUAGGAGAAAGGUUGAUCAGGCUUCUACUUCCAGGGCACAUCUCCUUCAGCAGCUAGCCAACUCUAGAUCCGAGCUUACUAGACUCCUCUCUUCACUGGGAGAGUUGUCUAUUUCUGGUGUCAUAAUUCCUGACAAGACAACUGGUACAAUCAAGGAGCAACUAGCAGCGACAUCACCAUUCUUGGAACAGCUCUGCAGGAAAAAAGAGAAGAGGGUGAAAGAGUUUGCUGAUGUACAACUCCAGAUUCAAACAAUACGUGGUGAAAUUGCAGGGAGUCUACAAGUUGGUGAUCACUUGGAAACACCCCAUGUUGACGAGGAUGAUCUUUCAAUGAAGAAAUUAAAUGAAUUUCUCUUUGAACUACAGGCACUGCAAAAGGAAAAGAGUACUAGGCUGCACAAGAUUCUCGACUUGGUGAGCUCAGUGCAUGACCUUUGUUCUGUCCUUGGGAUGGAUUUCUUGAACACAGUUACUGAAGUUCACCCUAGCCUCAGUGACUCUGUUGGUGCUGAUUCCAAGAGUAUUAGUGAUGAAACACUAUCUAGGCUGUCUAAAAUGGUGACUGAACUUAAAGAAGAGAAAGUAAAGAGGCUUGAAAAGAUUCAAGCUCUAGCUUCCCAGCUAACUGACCUUUGGAACUUAAUGGAUACCACUGUGGAGGAACGACAACUUUUUGAUCAUGUCACUUGCAAUAUGUCCUCAGCAUUGGACAGAGUGACAGCUCCAGGAGCUCUGGCUCUUGAUGUAAUUGAGCAGGCUCAACUUGAAGUUGAAAGGCUGGAUCAGCUAAAAGCCAGUAGGAUGAAGGAAAUUGCAUUCAAAAGGCAGACUGAACUUGAAGAUAUCUAUGCCCAGGCUCAUAUUGCAAUAGAUACUAGUGCUGCAAGAGAUAGGAUACUGUCUGUUAUUGAUUCUAGUAUGUUUGAGCCUUCGGAACUACUGGCCGAUAUGGAGAGCCAGAUACUUAAAGCAAAAGAGGAGGCCUUGAGCAGAAAGGACAUACUGGAGAAGGUUGACAGGUGGAUGUUAGCAUGUGAAGAAGAGAGCUGGCUUGAAGACUAUAGCCGGGAUGAUAACAGAUACAGUGCAACUAGAGGCGCACAUCUGAACCUUAAACGUGCAGAAAAAGCUCGUCUUUUGGUUAAUAAAAUUCCAGCUAUUGUUGACAUGCUGGUGGUGAAGACCCAGGCUUGGGAACAAGACCACAACACAGCAUUCACCUACGAUGGUGUUGCUCUUCUUGCAAUGCUGGAGGAAUACAGAAUCCUGAGACAGGAAAAGGAGGAAGAGAAGCGGAGAAUGAGGGACCAGAAGAAGAUAAACGACCAGCUAGCUGCCGAGCAGGAGAAGCUGUUCGGCUCGAAACCGAGCCCAGCCCGGCCCCAGUCGGCGAAGAAGUUGCCUGGGCCUCGGGCGAACUGCGGCGCGGUGAAUGGCACGCCAAACCGGAGGCUAUCGGUGCUGCAGAGCGGUGGUAGGUCGGCGAGCCGGGAUGGGCGGAGGGAGACAGUCAGGCCGUCGGCGCCUGUGAACUAUGUCUCCCUCACCAAGGAUGAUGUGGCUUCGCAGGCUUCUUCAACUUGACACAUGGCUUCUCGGUGCCAAUGUGGCAGAAAUAUAUUUGUGCAGUAGCUGGAAAAUUAUAGAGCUUAGCUUAGCUUUAUCUGGGUGGAGCAAGUGGAAUGAUGUAGUCGUGGAGGGAUUGACCGUGGUUUGACUGGAUGGAUGUUCGUCUUGUGUUGUAGAUCGAAUGCUAUGGAAAACUGGGAUUGUGCAAUAUAUCUCCUUGCUUUCUGAUC